AUGCAGGGUUUCGGGAGUUCAACGGUGAUCUCGAAGAGGAUAUAUGUGGCAGGAAUGCAUCCAGAUUCGUUCGUGGAUAGGCGUGAUUCAGGAAGGAUUCCAGCUCAUCCAGUGGGAAACGGGACUCGUGGCGGAUUCCAGGAAACGGAGAACAUGAGUCAUGGAGCGGAUCCUGGGAACAUCAGAACAAGGACAACAAGAAGGACGCGAUCAUCUCGGGCUUCAUUUACUCCGGCACCGACACAACACAAUGGACCAUGGAUCACGCAGCGGAAGACGCGAGCCAGGACCAGAGCUACUCCUCCGCCCCUCCCGGUCUUCGAGAUCUCCACUCGGAACCGCUUCUCCCCUCUUCGCGAGUCGAAACGCGACGACGCCGUGAUCAUCGGCACGUCCAUGGUCCGCCAUGUCCGUGCAACCUUAGGUAAAGGUAAGGUGCGCUCUCACUGCUUUCCUGGUGCUCGUGUUCUUGAUAUCGCUGCACAGGUUCCCGAAAUCCUGACCGGGGACGAGCGCGUCGGAGCUGUGGUGCUGCAUGCGGGAGGGAGCGACGUCAGGCUGCGGCAGACGGAGGUUCUGAAGAGGGACUACAUGAGCCUGAUCGAGGCGGUACGCAACACAGCGCCUGAGGCAACGAUCAUCGUGUCUGGACCGCUUCCCACGUACCGACAAGGACAGGAAAGGUUCAGUAGACUAUUUGCACUAAAUGAAUGGUUAAUGUCACUGUGUAAUGAACAGAAACUGCUCUUUGUAAAUAAUUGGAAUCUGUUUUGGGAGCGACCCAGGCUGUACCGUGCUGAUGGCCUGCACCCCAGCAGAGCCGGAGCGGCUUUCACCUGCACUGGAUUCACCAUCACCCGCACUGGAUUCACCUUCACCUGCACACUGACCACUGAGUCCCUGCGCCACCAUCUGCUGAGAAUUCCUUGA